AUGUUCACCAAGUUCGCCACCAUCAUCGCAGCCACUUCUGUCCUGGCCUCUGCCGUCUCAUACCCUCGAGGUGAGUCUGGCUUCGCCAGCAUCACCCCCCAUGACAUGUACGAAUCCAGCGUCGGAGUCCUGGGCUGCAAAAUCGACACCAAUCGCGUCGCCUACUGGCCUAGCUCCGUCGACUGUAACAACAUCUGCGUUAGGGUCUCCAACGAGGGCCGCUCCGUCUACCUACUCAAGAUCGGCUCUUCCAGUAGUGCCCACGAUAUCUCGUAUGAUGCCUGGAACUACCUUGGCUUCGGCAGCUCAGCAACCAAGGACCCCCAUAUGGAUGGUGGUAUCGCCAUGAACUACGAGUACGUCCACGCCUCCAAAUGCAGGGACAUCCUCGACAAUGGCAAGCUGCCCCUCGCCGCCGCCAACUCCAUGAACUAUGUCACCUCUUGCCUCAGAGAUCCUAAGAGCUGGGUCGCCCAGAACUACCAGCUGUACAACAUUCACGACUCCGUAUGCAAGCAUGGCGUCGACGAGAAGUGCCACCUCAACCUAGACGUCAGCAACCAGCCCGAGUGCCCCAGUGGUCUCGGAUCCCAAAAGGAGCUCAAUAUGAAUGUUGAGAACAUCAUGUACGGCACCGGCGAGAAGGCCGCUGCUCUGUAA